CCUCCAAUAUUAAAGAAAAAUAGCAUACAAACUUCAUGUUGGUAGUGAAUUUCUUCAUUCUCUCGGAUUCGCGAAGGAUUUUCCAAAUCUUUCACUUAAGAAGUUUAUUUCUCAAUUAGAAAAGAUGGCCGACAUCGCAAUGAAGACUCCUUGUUACUCAGCACUGAGAUUAGCUCUGAAGGAAAAAGAGUUCUCCGUUAUAAAUCAAAGAUUUUUGUAUUUUUUGAUAGUUUUCCUUGUUCGUUCCUUCAUUUCUGGACGAGAGAAUCAGGAACAAACAAUUAAAUAUUGCAUUAAAAUGCAAAGAUGGCAGUGGUUAAUGCCCAAUUUAUAGCUCUAAAGCAACAAAACUAGGAGAUUUUCACUCACAACGUUAAUGUAGCCAUUAUGCACUGAUUCCUGAUGCAUUCUGCACAAAGAAAUGCAGAUAGAUUUUUCCUGAGGAACAAAAUUGAUCCGAGUUGGAUUUGCUCUGUAUUUCUUCCAUCCGGACCCAAAACUUUAAUGAUUUUAAUCCAAUGAGGGGUAUAUAGAAGGGGUUUUCAGCUAAUUCAAUUAGGAGCAUCUUGGCUUAUAAUCCUGCUUUAUAUUAAUCAAAUCUUAGCUUUUA